CGUAGAUGUCAUGUUUUUCAGUUGAUCGUUGAUGUUGAUUUUAAUAAUUUGCUGUGGUUUGAAAAGAACUUAAAUUGUUUUUUUAAAUGUAGGUAAAAAAACGAGUUGUGGAAUGUAAAAAGUGCUUGUUUUAUACGUCUGAAUAAUUAAUAAGUAGGUCGAAGAUGUCUGCUUAAAUGCCGAAAAUGGUUAACUAUUUAAGUCCCGUGAAAAUGGAUUUACUGAAUAAUCUAGAGACUACAUUUAGUAUACAAUCGCCAAAUAUAAAUCAAUCUAUCAGCGAGUUAGAUAAUUUUUUAUCUUCUUCCACUCAGGAGGGCAGAGAGUCAUUGGGCAUUUUAUCAUUGGAUUUUCGCGAGGAUGUUCAAAAUUCUUCAAACUUUUUAAAUGUCACCGUAUUUGAUUUGGAAUCUCUAAAUUCGCAAUUUGAUUUCCAAUCUCUAAAUCCGCACUCUGAUUUAGGAAGAGAAUCUCUGGGAAUUUUACAUAUAGACCAACUAAAUGUUAAUCUGGAGAUUCAAGAUGACAACUCUCCUGGUAUAUCAUUGCUUUCACCUGUUCCAAAAAAUUUUAAUUUUACCAGAAACUUGGAUACCGCUUUUUUAAUGACUCCCACGAAAUAUUCAAAUUCAUCUUUUAACAGUAACAGCUUAGAAUUGCCAUCCAAAAUAUUUGUUUUAACGAAGAGUGACAAUUCUGUUGCUUCUUCUGCUGGUCAAUCCUUUUUAAACAAUGCUCAAAUAAUGACUACCUCUAAUGAAGAAAAUCGCCUAAGAUGUAUGUCUCAACCAUUAAGCAAUGAUUUAAAAGUUAAAAAUCAAAAAGAAUUUUUCUGGAGCACAGGUAGACCUAUUAAAACUAAUUUUUUGCCCACCAGUAUUUACGGCAAUAAAUUGAAAUUUGAUGAUAAAGAGGAUAUAUUUUACGAUUCUGUGUUUAUUGAAGGAAACCACCUUGCCCAGAAAAUUGCUGAUGGCUCUUUUUUAAAUGAUGAUGCUCCCGCAAAUGGAAUUUUGGAUUGCACUCCUCAACCAGAUUGGCCUGACUUUGACGAAAGUGAAGUAGACAAGGAAAAAUCACCUAGGCUGAACUCUGAAACAGUAAUCAAAGCUAUUGACAAAAUGUUUCCAACUACAUCACAGAUUGAUGAUUUUAAGAUUAAAACAACCAGAUCAGAAAGUGCUUCAAGUAAAUCCAGAGAUGCUAAAGACAUUUUAGACAAUUUAUCCGAAAUAUUCAAUAACACACACAGAAGUGAGAAACAAAAAUCUGAAGGAAGAAUGUUAUUAAAUAAUUUGGUUGAAUUAUUAAACAAUUCACAGUACAUAUGUGACACUGAAGAUUCAGGCCAUUCCUCAAAUCCAGAAAAUGAAUCAGUUGCAGUACAUUCCAAUAAAAUUUUAAGUUGUGAUAAAGUAGCUAAUGUUUCCGAUAUGUCUGAGAGAGAUGUUUCUUCUGAGAGUGGACCAAAAAAACGUUUAUCACAAACUUUUUGUUCCAUUAAAUCAGUGCAACAAAAAGCAGAAAGAAGAAGUUCUCUGAAAUCAGGGAGCUCUUUAAAUAAUAAUAAGACUACUAAUAAUGCAGAUGUGAAAAGUAAACAAAAUUCUGCUGCUCCUCUUAAAUUAAAACCUGUAAAAGUGACAUCAAAAAAGGGUCCUUUAAUAGCAAUCAUUCCCGUGGAAGACAUGAAAAAAACCAACUCUUGUCCUAAUACCACAAAUAAAAGACCGAUUGCAAGAACAAGUACGCCAAUAAAUGAACCAAAAUUGAAACCGCCCUUUACAUCAACACCUCGCAAUAAUUCUUCCAAAGCACCAGCUUGUAAACCUAAACCUAAAUUGACAAGAGAUAAUUCUUUCGACUCUAAUAAUAGUAAUGAUGGCUCUAAGAAACCUGAUACUUCUAAAGUGUCAAAAUUAAGAAAGACAAGCUUAACAAAGGAACCGCUCCAUAGCAGGACCCAAACACAACCCAAACCAGUCAGAAGAAACACUAUUAGCGAAGGGAUGGCAGAAAAUCUCCUUGGGAGAAAACGUAGCAAUUCCCUUGGCAAAGAAACGGGAAUAAUGUCCGUGCUUCCAAUGAUAAGGCAAAAUUUAUUACAAUCCUCUUAUUACAAUAAGAAAAGCCCCAUCUUAUCUAAUCGGAAUGCUAAAGUUGAGUCUAACGAAGAGAAACAAGUUAAUUUUAAAGUUGCUGAUAAAUCAGUUAAAUUGAAGAAAAACAAGGAAAAUCUCCGUCCAUAAUAUUUUUCUUAAGAAUUUGUGAUAGUUGGCUGCAGGCAGUUUAAAUGUUUUAAUGUGUUUUAUAUUUUUAUACUUUGAUUAUUAAAUUGAUAUUUUGAAUAUAA